GACUCGAACAGAUGAUAAUGGUGGAUUGAAGCUGAAUUCAAACUCAGAUUUUGCCGUUCCUCAAAUCGGGUAGGGAGAGUAAUUUCAAUUCAACCGGUUGGAGUGCCAAAUUAUGUAUUUUAUUGCCGACAUGUUGCACAUCAGUUGAAACUUAUUUUCGGUGGAGUUUGACCAGUUUUUCAUUACCUGUUUUGAUUCAUAUUGGAUGGAUGGUGAGUGGGUGAGUUAUCUAAUAAGUGCAGAUAUCUAUGGACAAUGAAGACCACUCGCAAGUGCAGGGCACUGCUGUCCGUUAGUAUGAAUCUUUUAGCACUAUUUUUCUCAAUAACUGCUUUCAUCACAACAUACUGGUGCGUCGGCACGCAGCGCGUCCCCAAGCCGAAGUGCACUAAACUUCGCACGCACAACUGCAUCGAUUACGGAGUGAACGAGACGGACCCCAAAGUAGUGGUGUACAGUUGGGAAACGGGGGACGACCGGUUCCUAUUCAGACAGUUCCACACCGGGAUCUGGUUCUCCUGUGCGGAGAAUAUCCAUGAUGAAGGUGAGAAAUGCAGGAGCUUUAUCGAUCUGGCUCCGGCUUCGGAGAGAGGUGUCCUAUGGCUGUCGGUGGUCUCUGAGAUGCUGUACAUAGUCCUGUUGAUAGUGGGUUUCAGCCUGAUGUGUCUAGAACUGGUUCACUCCAGCACCAGCAACAUGAUAGAUGGACUGAAACUGAACGCCUUCGCUGCAAUCUUCACCGUCCUCUCAGGGCUCCUGGGUAUGGUGGCCCACAUGAUGUACACACAGGUGUUCCAGGUGACAGUCACCCUGGGCCCUGCAGACUGGAGGCCCUAUAACUGGGACUACGGAUGGUCCUUCUGCAUGGCCUGGGCAUCCUUCACCUGCUGCAUGGGUGCAUCAGUCACUACCCUCAACUCCUACACCAAGACUGUCAUCGAGUUACGACACAAACGCAAGACCUUUGUGCAGAGCAUCCGAAAGGAGCAGGCAAGGGAGGCGUUGGGAUACUACCGCGAUCACUCCCUGCGCUCCAUAUCCCAAACCGUAGAGGUGUACACACAGACGCCGUAUAGCAGUGGUAUUAGGACGCACGUACCGGACGCGUCGUUAGACCCGAGUGACGUAUCAGAGACUCUGGGGGAAGACCAGUGCUGAAGGGAGGGAUCCCAGCGGGGAAAAACUGGUUACAACUGGUUCACAUGAUGUCGCAGUUAUGUCAUUUUUAACCAUUUUCUGGUUGUGCUGAUGUUAUUUCAUCGUCAUUUCAACUUGUUUUGCCCACCGGGAUGUGUCGAAAGUAACUGUAUGAAGUCAGUGCUAUCCAAUUGUGGUCGGUCACCUGUGUUGGGUCUUUUGGGGAUUCUGUAGCAACUGAAUCCGUUCUGAUUGAAUUCAUCGCUGCCUUAAUUGAGCCAGGAUAUUCACUCCCUUGUUCCCAGUUUGGGCAUUGAUAGUCAUGGAAAGAAAGACAGCCGUGUACACACUGAUCAUACAACUAGAUGAUCUGACACACAAGGAAAGCAGCAACCAAUAAAAAUAGCGUUUCACCCUGUUUCAGUUCAAAGCUGAGGAACGGAGCUGGAGAAAUGUAACCACUCUCAAAUUCAGAGACAGAACUAUGGAUGCAAGGACUGAAUAUCCAUGAUAUCGACAUUAUAGUUUUAACCACGUUUUGAGGCUGUGUGGUGUUUGUUUACAUUUACUUUGUUUACAAACAUUGGAGUAAAACAAGCUUCUAUUUUGGUCAGACAAUUGAACUAAGCUGAUGAGGCAUUAAUGUCAUAUUCUUCAAGAAUUCAUGGGUACAUAUCAUUCAUUUGUAUGUUCAAAAAGGGAUGCCCCUUUGAAGAAGAUAUGUAUUAGAAUGCCCUCUGAUUUCCCUGGGACACCAUAGGACUGUUUAUGCGAUGUUUUUGCAUGCUAUUAGCCUUACUAAAUAUGGAAUUAGGAAGGGGGUGACAAACUGCAUUCAACUCGCAAAAUAUAGCUAUAAGUGUUUGCAGCGUAUACCGUGCCUAUAACACGUAACUAUAUGAAUGUAAAUACUAUAUAUAUAUAACUAUAUGAAUGUAAAUACAUGUCACAAAGUAGAAUGGUUUUGAUCUGUGAAAUCACUGUAAGAUGUGUAUUAUUUUUCCUUUUGAAGUUGUGUGUUGUUUGUUGCCUCAGUGGUCUGUUUACUGCACAUUACUCAGUGUCGGAUAAAACUGACCACUGGACACCAAUGUUACUUGAGUAUCAUUAUGACCAAUGACUGUGUAUUCUAUUUAAAGUACUUUAUGCUUAUAGGGAUGAAGGAUUCUGCAAUGAAUUAACUCAAUAAACAAAUGUUG